AUGGCUCAGCAACGGCAGCAGCAGCCCACAGCGUCGUCGCCGCCCUCGUCGUCCCUCACCCACUCCACCUCCUCCGCCUCCUCCUCCUCCCACAGCCAUGCACAUGCGCAGGCACAGUACGCCGAAUACACCCCCGCCGCGCUGCAGCACCAGCACCAGCUCCGCUCCCCCGGCACUCCCGGCACCCCUCUGCACAUGCAGCGCGAGGACACCCGCCUCCUCGCCUCCCAGCCCACAUCUCCCGCUCUGCCCACACACGAGUUCGGUGCACUCGGUGCUAUAGCCAUGGGAUUGGGCAGCGGCCCUGUGCGGAACAACUCCCUCGGCGCACUCGCUUCCCCCCAAGCACAACAGCAGCUCUUCGCACCACAGGCCCAGGGUCCCGGUCUCGCCGCGACCCCGAACCCCUUCGCCACGCCCAACAGCACCAUCAGCGUCUCCCGCGUCGGCUCCGUCACACCCAACACCCCCUCGCGCCCCGUCUCCCGCGGCUCCGUCGCGCCCUUCCCCGCAUACAACGUAUCCAACCCGCAGCCGCAGCACCACUCCCCGCAUUCCCAUUCCCACUCGCACUACCACCCGACGUCGGCGUCGGCGUCGGCACCGACGAGCCCGAUGCGCUUCGGUCCGGGCGCAGCGGCCGGCGGGGGGGUGUUGGCGGACGAAAGCGUGUUCGCGACGCUCGGGUUGGGUCCGAAUAGUAGUGGGUUCCCGACGAGCAUGGGCGCGAAGGGCGCGGGGAGCAUGGUGCUUUACCGGCUUGCGGACUCGUCCUCCUCUACGUCGAAGGAUAAAGAUAAGGACGGGGUGCUUGUCCCACCCCGGUUCCCUGGCUCGCCUAAUGGAUCGAAUGCGCCGUCGCCUUCGCCUUCGCUGCUUAAUGCGCACAGUGGAACGCACAGGAACUCGUACUCGUCUACAGCAGACGCCGAGUCCAUACUCUCCGUCGCCGAGUCCAAGUAUCCAUUGACAGGCGUCGGGUACGGCGGGGGCGGGCGGCCAUUUAGCGGUGCAACUGGCGCGAGCAUGGGCACGACGAGCAGUGUGCGGGGCUUGAUACCGUACGUGUACGACCCGAUGCUGGACGAAGCUGAGCCGCUUGACGAGGAGGACUUGUUGCAUGAUCCCAACCCCCGUGCGUGGGAUAGUGGGCGGUACGAUGCGCUGAAGGCGUCGCGCGGGCACCCACCAUCCUCCUCCUCCUCAUCCUCAUCAAAACUCACAUCCAAACGCCCUCACCACCCAGGCUCCUCCUCCUCCUCAGAAAAACAUCGAAAUUCGAAACACCCCAACCCACAACGUACGAAAUCGACCUUUGAAAAAACCCACUUCCCAUGGCGCGGCAUACUCAACAUCGGGAUAAAGCGCGGAAUGAGAGGAUUGAGGGGAAUGUGA